UCAACUGUCUGCAACCGUGUAAGCAGCUGUAAUUUUGUUGCCACUGUGGCAGCUGAAACGAUGCUUUUGGCAACUCAACAGCUCUACGCUGAUUGGUCAGCGGUGGGGUUCGAUGCAGAUGAUGUCACCCACUGACAAGGCUCGCGGAGGCUAGACAGAGCGAGAGAAACAGAGACGUUCAAAGGGAGAAAUUAGCAUCGCGUUGACUUGAAAUAGCUGUUUUUGUGGUCGCUGAAAGGCGGUGACAGCAAGUAAAGGCUUUACCAAACACUCACAUAUCACCUCUGUCGGGAUAUUCCGCUUCUAUGUUGUGUUGUUAAGCUGCCAUUCACCGCUGAGGAAAACGCCGGUCUCCGUAUGUUAAAGACUGUCCGCAUACUUAGCUACUGUAUAGAAGACCCGCCAGACCAUGAACUACGUGGGCCAGUUGGCGGGCCAGGUUUUUGUCCAGGUCAAAGAGCUGUACCGAGGCCUCAAUCCCGCCACCCUUUCUGGCUGCAUUGAUGUCAUCGUAGUGAGACAGCCAGAUGGAUCCCUGCAGUGCUCACCUUUCCAUGUUCGCUUCGGCAAAAUGGGAGUCCUCCGCUCCCGAGAGAAAGUGGUGGACAUGGAGAUCAAUGGAGAACCAGUGAAUCUUCAUAUGAAGCUUGGGGACAACGGAGAAGCAUUCUUUGUGCAGGAAACAGAAAAUGAUGAGGAAGUGGUUCCGUCCUACCUGGCCACCUCUCCGAUCUUGUCAGAUGGAGCCAUUCUGAUGAGCUCCUCCCUGAUGGCGAAAUGCUCCGGGCCGACCAUACAAACCUUGGGCUGCUCGGGGAGCAUGGGAGGGACUGGAAGUGUGAUGACAAAGAAGAGGAGGAAGAGGAGGAAGAAGACUCGGGCGGACAGCUUGAGGAGAGAGGAGAGUGGGGACUACUCCGAGGAUGAGGAGAUGUUCACCAUAGACAUCAGCUCAGAUGAAAUGACGAAGAUGGAGAGCAACAGGGCUUCAUCUCGGGACGUUUUAAGAGAUGAGACAACAGGUGGCUCUUUCAAACAGACUGGCAUCUAUGCUCGUUCAGACGGAGAGUGGAGCCCUAUUCAGAGCCCUGGAAACUCUCAUCCCACCUCUUCCAAGAGUGACUCUGAACUAAUGAGGCAGCCUUCAGACGACCAGAAUCCAACCAUGCACUGGGCGUGGGGGGAGCUGCCACAGGCUGCCACGCCAUCCUUCCUUCCAGUGAAAUCCGACCCUCCGCCAGUGUGCCCAGUAUCCAUCCCUUUUUCUGAAAACACACACUUCCGUGUGAUAACUGAUGAGACGUCUUCGGAACAGUGCGGACCCUGCUCUGAAAUAUCAGCAAUCAGACUGCUAAUGACAGAGGAGACCAGUGACAAGACAGUUGAGAUGGAGUCCGAACCCAUGAGGAUGGAGACCCAGACAGCCAGAUGUGCAACAGCUUGUAUGAUAUCUGACAUGGAGGAGACAAUGUCUCGUCCACCAGGAAAGACCGACUCUCCAUCCAAAAGAAAAGACAAGAGAAGCCGCCAUCUUGGUACUGAUGGAAUUUACCUGGAUGACAUCACAGAGCUCGAGCCGGAAGUGGCUGCCCUUUAUUUCCCUAAGAGUGACGGGGGUGCAGCAGUGAGGAGCAUCUCAGACCCGGGCCUCCACAGCAGCAGUCUGUCCCCACAGUCGCUCAGCUCUGGAGGGGACAGCGGGGUGGACAGCUACUGCGACCCAUUGGCUGACAUGCCGUCCAUCACCAUCUCCUUGUGUGGAGGACUCAAUGACAACAGGGAGAUCACUAAAGAUCAGUUCCAUGAGAAGAUCAUCUCUUACCAGCAGUUUUCGGAAAACCCCUCCAUCAUCGACGACCCCAACUUAGUCGUGAAAAUUGGCUCCAAAUACUAUAAUUGGAGCUCUGCGGCUCCACUUAUGCUGGCUAUGCAGGCCUUUCAGAAACCGCUGCCAAAGGCUGCAGUGGAGAACAUCAUGAAGGAGAAGAUGCCCAAGAAAGGAGGGAGGUGGUGGUUCUCCUGGCGAGGCAGAAACAGCAGCACCAAAACGGAUUCCGUCUCUGAGCGUGGGGCCUGUGGCUAUGAUGAGCAGGCUGGGAAAAUGUCAAGCAGACACAAAGAAGAGUCGUCCUCUAGUGAUGAAGACCACAGGGCAGCCAAACAGAGCUCUGCCGCCAUCCAAUCAGAGCCUGGGCUCACACCAGGAGGCGUGACUUAUAAGAAAACACUUCGACUCACUUCAGAGCAGUUGCUGUCUCUCCAGCUGCAGGAUGGUCCUAACGAUGUCGUGUUCAGCGUGACCACCCAGUACCAGGGAACCUGCCGCUGUCAGGGCACCAUAUACCUCUGGAACUGGGACGACAAGAUAAUUAUCUCUGACAUAGAUGGAACCAUCACCAGGUCGGACACACUGGGUCAUAUCCUGCCCACACUGGGGAAAGACUGGACCCACCAGGGCAUUGCACACCUCUACCACAAAGUCAGCCAAAAUGGCUACAAGUUCCUGUAUUGCUCAGCUCGAGCUAUCGGCAUGGCUGACAUGACCAGAGGUUACCUACACUGGGUCAACGAGAGAGGCACCAUGCUUCCUAUAGGCCCUGUCCUUCUCAGCCCGAGCAGCCUUUUUUCAGCUCUGCACAGGGAAGUGAUCGAGAAGAAACCAGAGAAAUUCAAGGUGGAGUGUCUCAACGAUAUCAAGAACCUGUUCUACCCCAACACACAGCCAUUCUAUGCAGCCUUUGGCAACAGACCAACGGAUGUAUAUUCCUAUAAAGAAGUAGGAGUGCCUCUAAAUAGAAUUUUUACAGUAAACCCUAAAGGAGAGCUAGUGCAGGAGCAUGCUAAGACCAACAUCUCAUCUUACGUCCGUCUGGGUGAGGUGGUGGACCACGUGUUUCCUCUGAAGAUGCGGGCCUCCUCCUCAGACUUCCCCUGCUCAGACACCUACAGCCACUUCACCUACUGGAGGCAGCAGCUCCCCCGGGUGGACCAUCAGGGAACUACACCUCCACAGUCUCCCCGUCCCAACAGCUGACUGACUACCCUGGCUCCUAGCAGGCCGAGCACUGAUGGUGUGAACAUGUCUGUGACCUGAAUCUGUCGAGAUGUCUGUAGAAGAUGUUGCACUUUGUGAUCACAGAGCGAGAAAGAGAGAGAGGGAAAGAGAGAGCUGCUGUGAAUACUCGUAUAACGCACAAGAUGUAAGCGCACUUUUAUGAAAAGAUGGCCUCUGAAGCCUUCUGACUAGAUGUAUGUAUAUGAGAUAUUAUAAUAAUUUAUUCAGGCAGCUUAGCAUAUUAUUUUUGAUUGAGUCUUGACAUUUUUUAGGUAGCUAGGUAGCUUUCUGGGCUAUUUAGGCAGACAG